AUGUCCAACCCGAAAAAGAGAGCGGCGCCCGACCAGGACGGCGAGGGCCGCAAGAAGAAGAAGAAGUCGGCCUACCAAGUCGACGAGACGCUGCUCAACGAGGAACUCGGCAUCAACGAGUCCUUCGCCGUCAUGGACAACCAGCUUCUGGCAGACUACACCGCGCAGAAGCUCACGCGAUUUGCGACGGACCUGAGUCCCGUUGAACUGUCUGAUCUGUCCAUCUCAGCCAACGCCAUCAAGGACACCACGUCGUGGUCUGAGCCCAGGUCGCUGAACAAGCUUCCCGAGUUCCUGGAAAAGUUCGCCGAGAAGCCGGAGAAGCUGCCCACGGCGCCAGAGAAGAAGGGCGCGCCGCACACCAUCAUCGUUGCCGGUGCGGGUCUGAGGGCGGCGGACAUUGUGAGGGCCGUGAGAGGAUUCCAGACGAAGAAAAGCACCGUCGCGAAGCUGUUCGCAAAACACAUGAAGGUUGAGGAGCAGGUCAAGUUCCUGCAGGGCACGCGGACGGGUAUUGCCGUAGGCACGCCGGCGAGGCUCAUGGAGCUGGCGGACAACGGCGCGCUGUCACUGGAGAAGGUCCAGCGCAUCGUCGUGGAUGCGUCGCACAUCGACCAGAAGAAGCGCGGCAUCAUGGACAUGAAGGACACGAUGAUGCCGCUUGCGAGGUGGCUGACGCGCAAAGAGUUCAAGGAGAGGUACACGGAGGAGAAGAGACACCUGGACUUGGUGUUCUUCUGA